AUGCUGGCGGUGUGGUGCUUGGUCUUUGCUGCAGUGGGCGAGAGGUUUGCCGUGUCAGUUGGCAGUUAUCACGUCUCCCGCGUUACAGGCGGCGGAAGGUCGACUUUGGUGCGGGAUGCGAGUUUGUGGGAUUGGUUCUCGCCAGAGGAGCGGGGAGACAGCAGCGACAUUGCGGCCGAAGUCACCUAUCCAAAGCGUCUGGUGCAACAGAUGGAGUCGGAGGAAGAAAUGUCCCACGGCUAUUUGGAUACCCGCGUGAAGAAUACCACGGGAGGCACCUCGCCAGUCCAUUUGGCCCAGAGUUGUUUCCAGGUGGAAACCUUCGGACACACCUUCACCCUGGACCUGGAGUUAAACCACAACCUCCUGUCCUCAGACUACGUGGAGCGGCACUUUCACCAAGACGGCAAACCCUCACAGUCUAUGGGAGGGGAGCACUGCUACUACCAAGGGAGGUUGAGGGGCUUACCAGAGUCCUGGGCAGCUCUCUCCACCUGUCUUGGCCUAUGUGGUAUGUUUUCUGAUGGGAUGUUCUCUUAUGGGAUUGAGCCUCUUUUCGACGGGACCAAUCAGACUGAGGGGGCCCACCUAGUGCGUAGGAUGCCUGAUGUCAGACUAUCCCCAGACUGUCAAGACUGCACAGACAACAGUGAGGGGGAUAGAGCCAGAGGUAAUGGUGAUGAGCAGAUGAAGGAUCCCCGGGUCGGUGAGGUGCUGAGGCGCUCUAAGAGACAGCUGCCACGCAGGCCCACCGUGCAGUCAGAGACCAAAUACAUCGAGCUGAUGGUGGUCAACGACUACGAAAUGUUUGAGCAGCUGCGACGCUCCACUACCCAGGCCAGGAACUUUGCCAAAGCAGUGGUCAAUAUGGCUGAUGCAAUUUACAGGGAACAGCUGAACACACGCAUCGUGCUGGUUGCCAUGGAGACCUGGUCGUCGGCCAACAUGGUUCCCGUGGUGACGGACCCGUUGACGACGCUGCAGAACUUCAUGAAGUACAGGAAGGACAGUAUUAAGGAGCAAAGUGACGUCGUGCACCUCUUCUCGGGGCGUACAUUCCAGAGCAGUCGCAGUGGGACGGCCUACACCGGAGGGGUGUGUUCUCUCACCAGAGGAGGGGGCAUCAACGAGUAUGGGAACGUGGGUCCUAUGGCCAUCACUCUGUGCCAGAGUCUGGGUCAGAACAUUGGGAUGAGGUGGAACAACAUACGCAGCUCUGCGGGAGACUGCAGAUGUCCUGAUUCUUGGCUUGGUUGUAUCAUGGAAGACACUGGAUAUUACCUGCCCAGAAAGUUCUCUCGCUGCAGUGUUGAUGAGUACAUCCAGUUCUUGCUCCAGGGGGGCGGGAGCUGCCUCUUCAACAAGCCCAACAAGCUGUUGGACCCUCCUGAGUGUGGGAACGGCUUCGUGGAGACAGGGGAGGAGUGUGACUGUGGGUCUCAGCUGGAGUGUGCCCGUAGUGGAGGGGCGUGCUGUAAGAAGUGUACCCUGACCCACGAUGCCAUGUGCAGUAGUGGACUGUGCUGCAGUGGGUGCAGGUAUGAGCUGAGAGGAGCGGUUUGCAGACAGGCUGUGAAUGACUGUGACAUCCCAGAGAGCUGCACAGGAGACUCCAGCCAGUGCCCUCAUAAUGUGCACAAGCUGGAUGGAUACAUGUGUGACAGUAGUCAGGGUCGUUGUUAUAGUGGUCGGUGCAGGACUCUCGAUGGCCAGUGUAAGGGACUUUGGGGCUACAAUUCAGCAGACCGCUUCUGCUAUGAGAAGCUGAAUGCAGAGGGCACAGAGAAGGGCAACUGUGGGCGGAGCCCUGAGGGCCAGGGAUGGCUGCAAUGCAACAAGCCGGAUGUGCUUUGUGGUUUCCUGUUCUGUAUCAAUAUGACGGUGAAGCCAAAGUUUGGGGAUCUGGAGGGAGAAGUGACCAGCCUUACAAUAUACCACCAGAACAAGUACCUGGACUGCCGAGGGGGCCAUGUCCUGCUGGAGGAUGGGUCAGACCUGGGCUACGUAGAGGAUGGUACGCCAUGCGGCCCCAACAUGAUGUGUCUGGAGCGCCGCUGUCUCCCCGUGGCCGCCUUCAACCUCAGCUCCUGCUCCGGCUCCACGCUGGGACGCACCUGCUCUGACCACGGGACAUGCAGUAACGAGGUGAAGUGUAUCUGUGACAGGGACUACACCGGGAAGGACUGCAGUGUCUUUGACCCCAUCCCUGACCCCACGCCGCCUGCCAACACGGAGAAGAAAGGUCCCAGUGGCACCAAUAUCAUAAUAGGGUCCAUCGCAGGUGCUAUUCUUCUGGCAGCUAUAGUCCUAGGGGGGACAGGAUGGGGAUUUAAGAAUAUCCGAAGAGGAAGGUAUGACCUAGCCCCUGACACUGCAGGGUGA